UAUUUGUUUGAUAAAGACAGAUAAAAAAGACUAGAACGAUGUUUAUGAAUUGUUUUGGGGGUGUUUUGAAUUUAUUUGCAUAAAAUGCAUUAUUUAUUUGGGGAUAGAAAACUAGGGUGUGUUAAAAGCGAUUUGAAUUUUGGCUGUUCAGCUGAAAAACAAGAAUGUUUGCAAGUGACAUUCCAGGAAUUCCUUCGGAAGCAGAAUGCAAAAAUGCUGUACUGGUGCUAUUUAUCAAAAAAAGCUGUACCAGCGAUUUGCUUAGUCGUGUAGUCUAUAAAUAUGUCGGCAUUGUUCUUGUUAAACCAGUUGGAGUUUUCAGGACAGACUAGUUGUCAAAAAAGUGCUGAAGAUGGUGGCUAGACCUGACACUUCUGUGAAAUGACUGUGAACAUUAUGGCUAAUUUUGAAUUCCUACCACUAUGCGAUGUUCUUUUUAAUAUUAUAUCCUUAGCGUCUUAUUUUUGCGAUAUAGUUUUUGACCUCGUCAUGGGGUAUGCGUUGUUCGAAAGAGGGCGUCACGUGUGGUUCGCGGUGUCCUUAACCUUUGUUUCUGCUUCGUUGGUCGUCAGUCAAGUAAUUUCGUUCAAGUGGUAUUUAAGUUCUUGCGAGCUGAGGCGGCGGUUGAAGGAGAAAUCGUGCGCCGACAGCGAAGCAGCCAACCAGGACGCUUCUAUCAGGAGGAGGCUCGUCACCCGCUGGUUAGUGGCGGUGUUGCAUUUCUUUCAGUGCGGUAUUCUCUGGAGGUACUUCAAACUGUUCAUUCCCGUGGACUUGCGUUACGUGAAACACGAAGUUCGAGACCUGUGCAUGCUGCGACUUUUCCAUGCGUUCUGCGAGGCCGCCCCCAUGCUGCUCAUCCAGUUGUACCUGCUGUGGCAAGAAUCCUCCCCCAAGGAGUUCAGCGACCUGAACAUCGUGUCCACGGUGCUGUCGCUGUUCAGCGUCUGCUGGGCGCUGGCCUCGUUCAGCAAGAACGUGAGGCUGCAGAACGUCCACCGCCUGGUCCUCACGUGGCUCGGGGUCAUAUCGCAGUUCGUCUGGCGCCUGGGGACCGUGUCGUCCAGGGUCACCGCCCUCACGGUGUACGCCACGCUCUACGGACACUGGGUGUUCCUCGUCAUCGGCCUGCAUUGGAUCUCCAUGUUCCUCUGGCUCAUCUCCCCGAAAAAUGUCUUCCACGGAGAACGCAUUUCGCGGCAGCGCAAAGCUGCCUUCUCCGCGUUGAUAGCGAUUAUUUACAUCUUCUCUUACAUCAACUUGCAGGAGCUGAAUCCUCGACAGAAGAUGGCCACGUUCUAUGUGGUCAUGUUUCUGGAGAACGCACUCCUGGUGGUGGCGUGGUUGGUUGGAGUGUGGGAUCAGGCUCCGUGGUACCGCGACACCGUGCCGUUCUUCGUCCUGUUCUCCUUCGCAAUAGGAAUCUCAUUCAUGAUGCUGUAUUAUAGAUGUUUCCAUGUCAGGAGGCUGCGCUACGAGGCGGGCGGCCGCCCGAGCGCCAGCUGCGACUCGACUCAGCGCCUCGCCGGCUCGGAUGUGUUGCUCGGGAAGGACGAGCAGUCCAACGGCAGCUCCAAGGUCGAGCAGGAAACGCAGCAGAACGGGAAAGUGAUCUCGAACGGCUGCCAGAAGUACGGCAACGGCUACAUGCCGUACCACCACGGCGGGAUCCCCGGGGUGUUCAACUGCCGCUUCAGCAACCCCGCGGCGGCCGCCACCACCACGGGGCGCAAGAAGAAGAAGCCGACCACCUUCGUCCCUCCGCCGGUGGUGUCGAUGCCCUCCGUGGGUGCCCCUGCGGUGGGGCAGGAGCCGGCCUCCCCCGUCCCCUUCUGGAGCCGGCCCCUGCCGCACAACCACCAGGGCGGCUCCAGCGAGAACGACGCCAGCAGCGCGGGCUCGCGCGUCAACAUCCAGCAGAAGCUGCAGGAGAAGAAGCGCCAGCAGCUGGCGGAGCUGCGGGUCAUCGAGGAGGAGAUCAAGCAGGGCAAGAUCCCGCGGCAGGGGGCGGGCGGCGAGGACGGCGGGUCCCUGCCGCGCCAGCCCAUCCCUCGUGCCAAGCGCCACGGCCCGGCGGGCUGGCCCCCCUCCCCGCCGCCCUCGCUGCCCCCGCCCUACUCCUACCACCACCUGGUGCCCCCGCCGAGGGCCAAGCACCGGCCGGACGCCCCGGAGAUCCUGCUGGCCCCGCGCUACCUGGAGGGGGACGCCCUGUACUACGGCUGGGAGCACGAACUGUCGGACCACUUGGACAGGGACGGCAGCAGCGAGCGGGGCUCCAACUACUCGGGCUCGGGCCGCCUGAAGAGCGGGGAGGAGCCCGCCCCGGGACACCCGCAGGGCCCCGGCAUGUACAAGUCGUACCGCAUCCCGUCCGACAUGGACUCGCAGGUCUCCCUGCCGCGCUCCUACACGCUGCCCCGGGAGUUCAAGUACUACCGCCGGCCAAAGUCGCGCAAGGCCCUCCGCUCGGAGCACUUCGUGGCAUCCACCAACUCCAGCGACGGCGACGUGGACUCGGGCGACGAGACUCCGCACCACAACCACAACCACAACCAGCCCCGCGCGGCGCGCUCGAGGCCGUACCGGGGCUACGUGCGGCGCGACCUGCACGAGACGAAGCUGUGAUACCCCGCGCCUCCCGUGGCCAAACAACCUGUGAUAUCUUCACGUAGCUCUCUGCCUCCUUUUGCGCUCAUUUCAGUCUUUUGUAAAUAAUUUUUUUUACGGCUAGGUCGAUGAAUACGAUAAUUUUGCUGGGAAAUUACAUGGCCGAUAUUCAAUUAAUUUUACUUUUUAAGUUGAAGCAGUACUUUAACCCAAGCGAGAUUCAAUUGGCAAAAGAAGAUUAAGUGAUUAUGAUAGUACAGAGUACAGAGUGAUUUUUGGUACACGGUAAUUCCUAUGGACAAGAUUUUAUGGUUUUAUCUUUAGGUAAAUUUUGAUUAUAAAACAGGAGAUGACGGUUUUUGUUUUGUUUUUUUAUACAUUGUCUUUAUUCACAAAAACAAUGUAUUUUUCAACAAAUAUAAGACUUAAUAAUUUCUUGGUAAUUAUUUCAACAAAAUAGUCUCAUUUUGACUGACACAUUAUGCAAUUAAACAAUAAAAUCGUUAGUACAUAAUAAACAUGUCCAAAAACCAGAACUACCCAGACAAAUAAAAAUAAUUCAGAAAAUUUUUGUGUGUUUUAAAAAUGUGCAGAUGUUAUUAAUGUUAAAACUUAUUUUUAGAAAGAGAUGCAAGAUCAUAGUUAAUUUCAAUGUUUUGCAAAUUAUGUAUGUGGAUGUAGUCAGACAUUUUGGUACAAAAUUUAUGCUAAACAAAUUACAUUAAAUGAAUUUACCUUUAUAAAAGAUAACAUUUUUUUAAAAUUUGAGUAAAGUCUUUUAAAAUGCUGAUUGAUUUCAUAGAUUUAAUUACAUUUCGGUGCUAAAUGGUGUAUUAAUAUUGCAUUAUGGUGUUAUUUAUUGUAUUGACAUGCUUUGCGAUGUUUGAGUUUUAUCACAAUAGACCAUAUAAUCUUGUCCCUAGUAAUCAACUAUUAAGAAUUGUUUCGAGGUACUUACAAAAAUUGACUUAUUAACCUCGAAAACUUAUUAUGUAUUGAUAUGUCAAUCACUAAAAUUUUUAAACUUUUAUUAAGUGGGAUGUUCCUGUCUUUUUUUUUAAUGUCCAGUUUCUUUUGAAGUCUAUUGUACACACAUGCAUGAUUGUAAUACCUUAAAAUGUAUUUUCUCUAUUUUCUGAGACACACAAAAAGAAAAGAUUGAAUUUAUAGUGAACUGGCUGCAUUAUGGAUUCUUGUUUUUCGUAAGUGCCAUUGUUAAGGCCCCCACACGGGCCGAACAGCCCGGCUGACAGUCUGGACCGAACUGAAGUCUUCCCUGCACACGACCGGUCUUGUGGUUGCCGUUGGUUGUGUUGAAUCAUCGCACAAUGUGGAAGAAACUUUGGAUGUUGCAAUUGCAGUUUUAGCUAGAAAAAAAGAAUUAAAAAAAAUAGCAGAGCGACCAAAGAGUGCAAACAAAGGUGUCUGCCACGACACUCGCUGAUGGACAGACGAGACGCUGUUCCCACACGCGGCAGUUUGUACCGAGAGCUCCCGAGCCCACAGUCCGAUUUUAUGGGAGGUCGUCAGCUGUCAGUCCAUCAGUUCCGACCGUCCUUGCACACACAUGACGGUUCCGACUGCUCAGUUCCAACCGGUAAGUCCGAACGGACAGUUUGGACGGACCGUGUGUGAGGGCCUUAAGACAAGUGUACAUGGCAUCAUUCUUCAGUUCUAGGUUCAAACAAUGCUCUGUGUCUUGUAAUUUUUCAACAUGUCGGGUAGUUUGCCAAGAGUGAGACUUCAAAGGCCCGAAUUUUUCUCUCUUGUCACAAUGUGCUGCAGAAGUCUUUUGCACGUGUCGUGGGUCAUCUGAUCUGAAGGGAUGCCUGUAUUUCUUGCCGAUGCUUCGUGCUAAUACAUUUCUCGAAAUACUCCACACUGUAGCUUUUUCAUACUGUCAUGGUUGGUGGUGUUUAACAUUUUUCAGGCAAAUCACGUAUGUUCAGUAGUGCAGUCACAACCUACACAUUGGUCUAGACGUGUGAAAAAACACCUCCCACCAACCGAAACCAAUACCACAAAAUGCAAUAUUUUAAUACAGUAUAUUGAAGACAACAAAGCAUAUAAUUAUUUUGCAAACUACAGGGUCUAGUAAUCUUAAAUUUUCUUUUAGAAAUAGGAUAAUAUAUAAAAAUUUUAUACAACCGUAAACUUCCGAAAUAUGAAAUAUGCAACAGACAGAGCCCGUAUUGCAUAAGCAUUAGCAAUGUUUGGCGAAUUUUGUCCGUACCGAGCUUCAAGCAUACACAGUAUGUAAUUUUUUUUAUUUAGUGCCAAAGUAAUUGUGCAGUUCUGGCACAGAGUAACUUUGGUAUAACAUUUAUAAAGUGAUGCAAGAAUUUCUAUUUCAUACGAGAAAAAUUUUACAAUAGAGUAAUAUCCUUUUUUUUAAAAAAAAAUAAUUAUUUGCUGCUUUAGGGCUUUAAGCCUACAAUUCUCUGAAGUUAUUGGUAUCAUCUAAUAACAUUUCUACUUUGAUGGGAUACGGUUUUAAAGUGAACGAUUAUCUGUUAAAUUCUUUGUUACAAAAUAAGAUGUUGGCCACAGCAAGUGUACUUUGGUGCCUGUAACACAAUAAUUGUGUUUUGAAAUUUUAUUUGUAAGCUUACAGAAAAAGAAUUGUUUUAUAGAAUUUGUAAUUAUUUUUUACAUUGUAAAUUUGUAAA